GGGGUCAGUCCCCCCGCCUCGCACACACCCCCAGCGCUCUCGCCUUUGCGGCGGGGCGUUGGCGCUGAAAGGAGCCGGGCAGGGCCCUGCGGAGCAUGGAGGAGAAGCCCUCCGCCAGCAUCAAGCCCUACCUGGACAAGCUCACCCUGGGGGUCACACGGAUACUGGAGACUUCUCCAGGAGUUGCUGAGGUGACAUUUGUGGAAAAGGAGCCAGCUGAACGCCACGCCAUCAUUUCAUGGGAGCAAAAAAACUCCUGCGUAUUACCAGAGGAUUUAAAGAACUUCUAUCUGAUGACUGAUGGCUUCCAGAUGACCUGGAGUGUGAAGACCGAUGAUACCACAAUGCCUCUGGGCUCCAUGGUGAUUAAUGGUAUCUCGAAGCUAUGUCGGCUUGGGGGUUCCUCUAUGUACACUCUGCCUAAUGCACCUGGUCUUGCUGACCUCGAAGAUGACACAGACGAGGAAGGUAAUGGAGACAAACCAGAGAAGCCACACUUUGAUUCCCGUAGUCUUAUCUUUGAAUUAGACCCAUGCAAUGGGAAUGGGAAAGUUUGUCUUGUUUAUCAGCACGCUAAACCAGAUGUCUCCCCAGAGACAGAGAUAUGGUUCCUGGACAGAGCUCUGUAUUGGCAUUUCCUCACCAAAACCUUCACAGCCUACUACCGCCUGCUGAUCACCCACCUGGGUCUCCCACAGUGGCAGUAUGCCUUCACCAGCUACGGGGUCAGCCCCCAAGCCAAGCAAUGGUUUAACAUGUAUAAACCCAUAACCAUCAACACAGCUCUCCUCGCUGAAGAAGCUGAUUCCUUUGUGAACAAGCUGGACCCCAAUAAGGUAUUUAAAAGCAAGAACAAAACUCCGGUGAUCAAAAAGAAACCGUCUUCCCAGCCAGCAGGCUCCCAAAAGAACCACACAAGCGUGACCUCCUCCAAGGCAUCCUCACUAGCUGGGAAUUCUUCAAGGAAAUGAGGCCCCCGCCAUGAUCUGACCCUGGACAGCAUUUGCAAUACACUUUGAUGGUCUCUGGUGCAGAGUCUCAGUGGUUCAGACCAGGUUCCUUCUGCAUGAAUAGAUACUGCCCAUCGAAAACACAUUGCAGCAUUUGCAUGAAAUACAGCCACAAUGUGCUUUGACAUGGCAGGGAUGUAAUUCCUGGAGAUUCUGAGAAAAAAGCUUGAGACAUUGAUUUUGUUCCCUUCUGCUACUUCAAGUAUGUAUGUCUGUGAGGGCAUGAGGAAGCCCUUGAUGUCACUGCUGUAUAGAGAAGCUUUUAUUCCUGUGCAACUACAGCAGUGAAAUGAAAGCAAAUAUAAGUUGCUGUUACUUUAAUAGACCCAUGCUGAAAUACAGCAUAUGAAGAUAUUUCUGCCAUCUCCUUUGAAAGAAACCUGUCCUGACCUUGCAUGCUGUGGGAGCAGGCUGGAACCCUCUGAACAAAGAAAUGUCUUCUGCUUUCAGACAUAAUCCAACUUCUCACUUCCCUGUGUUCCUUCCAACUUCUGCUCUGAGAUACACAGUACAACAGAACCUGGGGCUUCCACGUCUCUGCACCGGCCCAGCUGCUUUCUCUACAGCCCAGACGACCCCUUGGCCUUUGUGCCAUAUUUUAUUGGAUAGUGAUACUGGUCUGAUGUUCUUCCCAAUAAGUCUGAAAACAACCAGAAGCUGCAAGAUCCCUCAUUUGCCUCUGCUUUCUCCUCUUGUGGGAAAUGUGAAGCCAGGGCAGCUGCAGGUGGGUCAGUGAUGUUUAGAGUCCCUAAGCCAGGAGGACCCUUUACUUUGUCACUCUUUCAUUUGCAAAGUCUACUGUUCAAACAGCCUUUGUCACUUUUCAGUUGGGCAGGAUCUGACUGGGGGACACUGAAUCCUCAGAAGCCUUAGAAGCCAAUAGACAAUAGAGUAGUGAGGUGGGUUGCAAACUGGCUUAAGGAGAGAAGCCAGAGAGUGGUAGUCAAUGGUGCGGAGUCUAGUUGGAGGCCAGUAUCUAGUGGAGUGCCUCAGGGGUCAGUACUGGGGCCAAUAUUAUUCAAUAUAUUCAUUAACGAUUUAGACAAGGGAAUAGAGUGCACUAUCAGCAAGUUUGCUGAUGACACCAAGCUGGGAGGAGUGGCUGACAUGCCAGAAGGCUGUGCUGCCAUCCAGAGACCUGGACAGGCUGGAGAGUUGGGCGGGGAAUAACCUAAUGAAUUUUAACAAGGGAAAGUGUAGAGUCCUGCAUCUGGGCAGGAACAACCCCAGGUUCCAGUAUAGGUUGGGAAAUUACAUAUUAGAGAGCAGUGUAGGAGAAAGGGACCUGGGGGUCCUGGUGGACAACAGGGUGACCAUGAGCCAGCACUGUGCCCUUGUGGCCAGGAAGGCCAAUGGCAUCCUGGGGUGUAUUUGAAGGGGGGUGGUUAGUAGGUCGAGAGAGGUCCUCCUCCCCCUCUACUCCGCCCUGGUGAGACCCCAUCUGGAAUAUUGUGUCCAGUUCUGGGCCCCUCAGUUCCAGAAGGACAGGGAACUGCUGGAGAGGGUCCAGCGUGGGGCAACGAAGAUGAUUAAGGGAGUGGAGCAUCUCCCUUAUGAGGAAAGGCUGAGGGAGCUGGGUCUCUUUAGUUUGGAGAAGAGGAGACUGAGCAGUGACCUUAUUAAUGCUUAUAAAUAUAUAAAGGGUGAGUGCCAUGAGGAUGGAGCCAGGCUCUUCUCGGUGGCAAACAAUGAUAGGACAAGGGGUAAUGGGAUCAAGCUGGAACACAAGAGGUUCCACUUAAAUCUGAGAAAAAACUUCUCAGUGAGGGUGACAGACACUGGCCCAGGCUGCCCAGGGAGGUUGUGGAGUCUCCUUCUCUGCAGACAUUCAAACCCGCCUGGACACCUUCCUGUGUAACCUCAUCUGGGUGUUCCUGCUCCAGCAGGGGGAUUGGACCAGAUGAUCUUUUGAGGUCCCUUCCAAUCCCAAACAUACUGUGAUACUGUGAAGCCCCUGAUACUGUUCUGUAUACUGUAAGUUUUCAGGUUAGAACUGCACUUUAACCCAGUCACUGCUGGUUUUCAGUUACAACUGAUUGACUUCCCUGCUUAGGCACAAAAUGUAUUGGUUGCUACCAUGUGUUUCCAGCACACCUAAGAAGAGAGAAUGGCACAGAAAAGUAACAAAGUCACAAUCUUCAAAUAAGCAUUGAUUAUUUAAACAACAUAAUCUUUUUAUUUAUGAAACAGUCACAUAAUUACAUAGGACAAACCUACCUCACAGGGAUGUUGUGAGGCUUUCAUGAGUGUUUGUAUGGCCUUCAGGAAGAUGAAGCCACCCUGUAAGUGUUUAAUAGUAUUUUAAUAAAGAUUGUAAUAUUUUCCUCCA